AUGAGUCCUGUAGUGAAGCAGGCACUCUGCAAUGCCGAGCGGCUCCAAUUGCGGCUCCUGCAAACAGAUCAAUACCUUGAGGCCAAGAAGCAUAUGGUGCAUUAUUGGGCAUGCAGCUCCCGCGAGCAAUACACCCUGCUGGAGCGUGAAGGGAAAGGAGUAUUCGAUCUCCCGACUUAUGAUCCAGAGGCCUUUCAAGUCUUGGUGCCCUCGUCCUUCGGAGAUCACAAUAUUCCCCUACGUGUGAUUCAACCAAGAGGGAAGCAAGCUGGUGGGGUAUUCCUUUUCAUCCAUGGAGGAGGCUUUGUCAUCGGCUCGGCCGCUUUACACGAUAACCUCCUUCGCGACCUGGCCGAGCGGACAAAUCUGGUCAUGGUAUCUGUGGAAUAUCGCCUCGCCCCGGAAUUCAAACUGCCCGCAGCUGCGGAUGACUGUCUCGACGCAGCUGUGUAUCUCAUGUCCGACGAAGCGAGGAUGAAGAUCGGCCACACCCUACAGUUCAUAGGUGGUGAGUCGGCUGGGGCCUACCUGACCGUCCAGACGACUUUGCGUCUUCGCGACGAGAAGAGCAUUGACGUUGGCACGGCCCUUGCCGGCAUUGUGCCGACCUAUGGUAUCUUUGACCUGUCUCUUCUACCCGGCGUUCGCCUAGGAAGAGAGAAAGUCGGCGACGCUCCUAAUAAACAGAAUGAGAAUUUCAUGUGGUUGUCCUUACCAGUGGACGCUUUUGGCUCGUUGGACGAGAUCAAGAAAUCCGCGUGGUCUCCUCUUUACAAUGUCAACCUCCGAGGCCUGCCGCCAGCCACGUUCGGCGUGGGUGCUGAAGACCCCCUGAUCGAUGACAGUAUCUUGAUGGCCGCGAAGUGGGAACUCGCCGGCAACGAAGCGGAACUGAUUGUAUACCCUGGGUCACCGCAUGGUUAUUUGGUUGUGGACCUAGAUGUGACCGCGGAGGCAAUUGAGGAUAUUGUCAAGUUUGUGAAGGCGCGGUUAACUUGA